UUUCAUUCGCGAGAUGGACUGGAGCCACGAACGGGUACUUGAAUUUAUUGAGUUGCUUGAAGGAGAACCGUGUAUAUGGAACCCUAAAAGUGAAAGUCAUAAAAAUAGAAAUUUGGUCAAUGACGCCUGGACGAGAAUAAUAAGUAAAUUGACAGUACCUUGCUCCAUAGAAGAAUUAAAAAAGAAAAGAAAUACGUUGUUGACGCAAUACAGGGAAUGUUUGAAAAAAAUAAAGGAGUCGACGAAAACAGGAUCUGGUGCUGACGAAAUUUACAGACCAUCUUGGUUUGCAUUCGAUGCAAUUCAUAAUUUUAUGGGUAGUGUAUACGAUUAUCGUCUGACAAUAUCAACCGGAACUCAGGAAAGUACAGACAAAAGUUCGCACUCGAAUGUGUAUUUAGUGGAGCAAAAUUUAGAAAAUGAAGCGCUUUUGCUUAUUAAAAACAGAUGCAAAGAAAAAGAUAAAGAACCGGACGACUGUGAUUUAUAUGGCCAACUACUCGCACAAAAAUUAAAAACCUUAAGUGUGGACGACAGACUCAUUUUAAUGAACCAUGUUGAUAAUAUUGUAUUUAAAUAUAUUACGGAGGUUCGAAGAAGAAGCAGUUCAGUGAGAACUGAAAACAUGCCAUCUAAAAAUCAAACUCAGCUUUUAGGUGAACAUCAACUUGAUACGCCGGGGCCAUCGGCGUUGGCACAACCAUUCAAAACAUCAACACCAUUUGAAACGGAGACCCAAACAUCAUUUAACGAUAAUGCUCAUAACAGCACCAUGCAAAUUCAUCUAGCAGAACCUCAUCUGCCAACGAAAUCAUCAGCUAAUUCAAUAUGUGUGCCAAAGAAAAACAUUAAGUAUUAUGUUGCUAGUUCUUCAAAAAAUAAAUAUAAAAGAGCAAAAAUUAUUGUUAAUAAGAAAAUCAACAUCCCGUCUCAACAAACACUUAUAAAUCCAAGAAAAAAUAAUAUUAAAGUACAAGAAGCAAAUGCCAUAUGUGAUGAUAAUGAUGGUGAUUUAAAUGCCAAUAAUGACUGAUUCCAGCACUGU